UACUUUUGCGAUUGCUUGCUAACGAGUACUUAAACUAAGAAAUGUUAAGUAUUUUUUUGUGCAUUGUAGUAUUGCAAUAUGUUCUGCUUAUCCAAGCCAAUUCCCUCUAUACGGUGGUGGGGCCUGGCACCAUCCGAUCCAACUCCAAGUACAAUGUAGUCGUUUCGAUCCACAAGGCAGAUGGACCGAGCCAGAUAAAGGUCAGUCUAAAUGGACCCUCGUACAAUGAGACCAAGCAAAUCGAACUGCCGCCAAUGUCCACCGAGAAUGUGGAGUUUGAGGUGCCAAAAUUGGCCACCGGCGACUAUAAUCUCACUGCUGAGGGAAUUUCCGGUGUGUUUUUCCGGAAUUCUACCAAACUGAACUAUGCCGAUGAGAAGCCCUUGACUUUUGUUCAAACCGAUAAGCCAAUCUACAAGCCAGCUGAUCUCGUUCAGUUUCGUAUUCUCUUUUUGGAUGAGAACACUCGGCCCGCCAAAAUUGAUAAGCCUAUAUCGGUCUUAAUCACCGACGGAGCCCAGAAUCGGAUUAAGCAGCUUACGGAUGUCAAGUUAACCAAAGGUGUUUACUCUGGAGAACUCCAGUUGUCCGAGCAACCUGUCCUGGGCACCUGGAAGAUCUCAGUCAGUGUGGAUGGUGAUAGUAGGGAGACCAAGUCUUUCGAGGUGGACAAAUAUGUCCUACCCAAAUUCGAGGUCAUCGUGGACACAGCCAAGAAUGUGGUCCAGGCAGAAAAUGUGAUCAAGGCCACAAUUCGGGCCAAGUACACAUACGGAAAACCAGUGAAAGGCAAGGCUACAGUAUCAAUGUUAUUCAUUGGUGAUUCGGAGGAUUACAAACAGGAGAGAACUGUCGACGUCGAUGGGAAGGGUCAUGUGGAGUUUGAUUAUUCCGUGGACCCGGAUAACGACAAACAGCUAUCAUUGGAACUCUUUGCUGUUGUGACCGAAGAAUUAACGGGGAACAAACAAAAUGCAACCGCCUCUGUUCGUCUUCAUGAGCAGCGUUACAUUAUUGAAAGGUUGGGGACGUCAGAGUAUUACUAUAGCAACAAGUCGUUUAUAUAUCAGAUUGUGGUAAAGAAUGUAGAUGGGACUCCAGUCACAGGUUCUUCGAAGAAUAUAAAGGUGGUAUUUAGAGACUGGUAUAACCCACCUACAAUCAUUAAUUUCGAAGUACCUGUAAGCCAGAGUGGCAUUGCCACCUUAAAUGUUACUCUGCCCGAGCAUGCUACCAACUACUUUAACGUGGUCGCCACUUUUGAAGGGAUAGAAACACCCAUCGGAACUAUCAGAAAAGCCCCAGUAAGUAGCGAGCCUCUGAAGAUUCAGGUGAACACGAAAACACCAAGAUUGGGCCACCGAGUUUCUUUCGAUGUCAAAUCGAUAGAAGAUAUUCCUUACUUUGUAUACACGGUUGUGGCCAGAGGAAAUAUACUGCUGAGUGAAUACGUUGAUGUGCCAGAUGGUCUUAAGACUUACACGGUUAAGUUUACUCCCACAUUGAGCAUGGUGCCCAAGGCAACCAUCUUUAUUCAUUAUGUCUUGAACAACAACUUACAUUUUGAAGAGAAAACUAUAGACUUCGAAAAAGAAUUUAGUAAUUCGAUUAUUAUCUCGGCUCCAGUGGAUGCAAAGCCCGGCGCUGAUGUCAAAUUACGGGUGAAAACCGAUGCCGACUCUUUUGUUGGUCUUUUGGGAGUCGACCAGAGUGUCCUAUUGUUCAAGUCGGACAACGAUCUAAGCCGAGAUAAUAUAUUUAACAGCCUAAACAAGUUCACGACUGCUACUCCAUCGCAAGGCGGCGAAGGGCGUUAUCCUGGCCAGCUUUCCGGACUAGUGACCUUAACCAACGCUAACUUUCCUUAUAAAUUUGCCGUCCCGCUGAUGAUUAAGGAAACACCGAGGUGUUCGACCUCAUAUACAUAUCCCAGGCGCCGCCCAUUUAGACACUCAUGGCAAAAUUAUAAUAGAUCCAAUUCUUUCAGACGUCCCAGCACAUAUGGCUGUUGGUAUGAUGUAAAUGAUCGCAGAAGGACGCGCUGGAUUAAUAGAUCAAGUCACUCCUCUAGUCACAGCAGGGGAAUGCACAAGAGUGCUAGUGUAUUGAACUAUAAUCCGCAAAGUGCAUUUAGACCAUCAUACUAUACUACCCGCACACAUAAUAUCAACAUACUACCAUCAAAAAAACCCCAUUCAGAACAACCGCCACCGACGCCAGCGCCAACCCCAACACCAAUUAUACGUAAAGAUUUUCCCGAGACAUGGAUGUUUGCCAAUUUGGAUGGGGAUGGAUUCACGGUAAGCAAGAAAAUCCCGGAUACGAUUACCUCUUGGAUGGUUACGGGUUUUUCAUUGAACCCCACAUCUGGAAUCGCUUUGACCAAGGACCCUAGCAAAAUUCGGGUGUUCCAGCCCUUUUUUAUUUCCACAAAUCUGCCGUACUCCGUUAAGAGAGGCGAAGUAAUUGCUAUUCCCGUGUUAAUCUUCAACUACAUGGAUAUAACCCUCGAUGCAGAAGUAGUGAUGGACAACUCCGACCAGGAGUACGAGUUUACCGAGGCCACAAAUGAAGUGCUGGAGAAGGCUAUUGAUGAAGUGCGACGGGUCAAAAGAGUCACGAUACCGGCCAAUAGUGGCAAGAGUGUUUCGUUUAUGAUCCGCCCAAAGAACGUAGGAUCCACUACGCUAAAAAUCACGGCCACAUCUGCAUUGGCCGGUGACACUAUCCACCAGAAACUGAAGGUGGAGCCGGAGGGCGUAACCCAAUUUGAAAACCGGGCAGUCUUCAUCAACCUGAAGGAUCAGCCGGAGAUGACGCAGUCUCUGGAGGCCGAGAUUCCCAGCGAAGUCGUGCCGCAGUCCGAAUUCAUAGAGUUUACCGUGGGGGGCGAUCUCCUGGGACCCACGCUCCAGAAUCUGGACAAUCUGGUGCGCAUGCCCUACGGUUGCGGAGAGCAAAAUAUGGUUAACUUUGUGCCGAACAUCCUGGUGCUCAAGUAUUUGGAGGUCACUGGUCGUAAACUGCCGGCCGUGGAGUCUAAGGCCAAGAAGUUCCUGGAGAUCGGCUAUCAGCGAGAACUGACUUACAAACACGAUGAUGGUUCCUACAGUGCCUUUGGAAAGUCUGAUUCUUCGGGCAGCACCUGGCUCACCGCCUACGUGAUGCGCUCCUUCCAUCAAGCAGGGACCUAUACAGAUGUCGAUCCCAAGGUCGUGUCCGCGGGUCUCGACUUCCUGGUAUCGAAGCAGAAGGAAAGCGGCGAGUUCCCAGAGGUCGGAAAACUCUUCGACAAUGCCAACCAUAAUGCGCUGGGGCUCACUUCGUUCGUUCUGCUGGCCUUCUUCGAGAAUCACGAACUCAUCCCGAAGUACCAGAGUGCGAUUCAGAAGGCAGUUAGCUACGUGGCCGAGGAGGUGGACAAGACGGACGACCAGUAUUCGCUGGCCAUUGCCGCCGUGGCCCUUCACCUGGCCAAGCACCCGCAGGCGGAGAAGGUCCUCGGCAAGUUGGAGAGCCUGGCCCGAAACGAAAACGACAGGAAGUGGUGGUCCAAGGCUCCGGAGUCCACCGGUGGGGAGGGUCAAUUCUUCCACUGGAAGCCACGCAGCAACGACGUGGAGAUCACCUCCUACGUGCUGCUCGCUCUCCUCGAAAGGGAUCCGGCAGAGCAGGCCCUGCCCAUCGUCAAGUGGCUGAUCUCGCAGCGCAACAGCAACGGGGGAUUCUCCUCCACCCAGGACACGGUGGUUGGUCUCCAGGCUCUCACGAAGUUCGCCUACAAGACGGGCUCUGGCUCUGGCACCAUGGAUAUUGAGUUCGCUGCUGCAGGAGGAUCCAAGGAUACGAUAAAGGUCAACCCUGAGAACUCCCUGGUGCUGCAGACCCACGUGCUGCCCAAGGACACUCGCAAGGUGGACUUCACAGCCAAGGGCACUGGAUCCGCGAUGGUUCAGCUCUCCUAUCGCUACAACCUGGCUGAGAAGGAGAAGAAGCCCAGCUUCAAGGUCACUCCCACGGUCAAGGACUCGCCCAACCAGCUUCUGGUGGUGGACAUCUGUGCGGAGUACGUGCCGUUGGAGGAGGCCGACAAGGACAAGGACUCCAACAUGGCUGUUAUGGAGAUCGCCCUGCCCUCCGGAUUUGUGGGAGACACCGAGAGCUUGGCCAAAAUCGAGGCCGUGGAUCGGGUGAAGCGCGUGGAGACCAAGAACUCAGACUCCACGGUCAUCGUCUACUUCGACAGCUUGACCCCCGGGGAUGUGCGGUGUCUGCCGGUGGAGGCCUCCAAGGCCCAUGCGGUGGCCAAGCAGAAGCCCGCCUCCGUGUCCCUCUACGACUACUACGACACGGAUCGCAAGGCCACCGAGUACUACCAGGUACAGUCCUCCCUUUGCGACAUUUGCGAGGGCGGCGACUGCGGGGAAGGCUGCAAGAAGGCCUAAUAAUUUACUUUAAUAUAGGAAAAGACCAAAUAUAUUUUAUAGAGAAAUGGUUUUUUUAACUAACUAUAAAAUAAAUACCGGCUUAACUGGCCCAAUCGA